AUGGCUACUGCGUCUACAAUUCGCAUCGGAUAUGUGCCUGAGCACUACCUAACCCCCCUCCACCUGGCGCUGCGCUCUAAGGCCGUGUCCUCUCUUCCAUUCAAGAUUUCUCUGACCCCAUUCCCAUCUGGAACGGGCCACAUGAUCACAUCGCUCCGCGGCAACGAAAUCGACAUUGGUAUUGGUUUGACCGAGGGCUGGGUUGCCGGUUUGGCCGGUAAGCAGCAAGCACAAAGCACCGGCGAUGGAGGAUACAAGGUCAUCGGUCACUGGGUCGACAACCCUCUACGAUGGGCUAUUGUCACAGGUCGCAACCGCAGUGAGAUCAACGGAGUGCCAGACCUUCAGGACUCAAGAGUUGGAGUGAGCCGUCUUGGAAGUGGAUCUCACAUCAUGUCCUUCGUUCUCGCUCAACAGCAAGGAUGGAAAUCCGAUUCUCUGACCUCCGUCCCUCUUGGACCUUUUGGUUCUCUACGGAACGGAGUGACUGGUGUCGAUGAGACUAAGCCAGAGGAAGUGCCCAAGCCAACAGCCGAAUUCUUCAUGUGGGAACACUUCACAACAAAGCCCUACUUCCACCCGACAGCAGAGAAGCCCAACCCGCCGCUCAAGAACAUCGGCGAGAUCUUUACUCCCUGGCCUUCAUGGAUGAUGGUGGCUUCCACAGCGCUGUUCCCCACCCCUGCCAACGAUGACCGUCUCACACAGCUGUUCAAGGCUCUGGACCUCGGAAUCAAAGAAUUCGAGGCGGAUACUGCUCAGGUGGUGAAGCUCUUGGGUACCGGCGAACUUGGCUGCACUUAUAUUGAGGAGGAUGCUACGGAGUGGCUGAAGGAUGUCAAGUUUACUGAUAGCACUCGUGGUGUGGAUCGUGAGGUUAUCGAGGGUGUUGUGGAUGUGCUUAAGGUGGCUGGUGUUAUUGACCCGGCGAUGGAUAACGAGGAGGCUAUUCAGCGGGUGAUUGGUAUCCCGCGGUGA